AUGCCUAUCAAUCUUCGACAUUCGUUCAAUCGAAUUCCAUUACCCUCGCUUCCGUAUUAUACGCUAAUUAGUAGUACAUUAUUAGUUGGCCAUGUUUUUUAUCUUCACCAGUCGAUCCAAUCGAACGUGAGCAAUUCUUUAGCUGAUACGAAUAUCACAAAUCAUAGUAUAUUAAAUGCUAAUCAAACAAUCGUCGCUACCGACUCGAAACCAUUCUCCUGGAAUUAUAUUCGAACAUUCAUGACAACUCUCUUCUCGCAAUCACUUUCACUCCUGAUAUUUGUAAAUGCGAUCUAUUGCUUCACAGCAUUAUUAGCACGACAAUUACAAAGAUUUGUCUUUGGUGAAUUACGUUCGUUUUGUUUUCUUUUUGGCGUACUUGGCCUCGAAAAUUUACAUGAACUCAUAAUUUGGAUAUCCUGGUUUUUCAUACUGGCUUUCGCUUUUCUUUUUUGUCAAUUAAUUAAAGAUCGUUUCGAACUGUUUUCAACCUCGAUCACCGUUUCUCGACAAUCAUUGAAUCGUAUACUUUGUCUAUUGAUCUGUUUACUAUGUUUAUGUUCUGGUUUAUUCAGUCUUUGCUACCUCGUCGGGUUCAAACACGGUGGACUAUCAAUCUUUCUGUUUAUGUUAGCUGAAACUCUCUUAUUGACACUUGAUACAAGUUAUCUGAUACUUAAAUACGCUUUGCUUCAGCAACGAACCAAUGAAUAUCGUUCGCAUAUUCUUUACUAUUUAGAAUUUAGUUUCGAUAUAUCCGCCUUGGUUAUUGAUAUUUGUUAUCAUUUACAAAUGUUGUUUUAUCAUCAUACGUUCAUGUCAAUGUCGUCACUGAUCUUUUUUAUGCAAUUGAAACCAUUGUUUAAUGAAUUAACACAGCGGUUGAAACGGCAUCGAUCGUAUCGAUUGGCGAUGACGCGAAUGGAAAAGAAGUAUCCGUUAUUAACUAAACACGAUUUAGAAGAAAAAGCUCGAAAACAAAAUUGUUUGUCAAGCUCCGAAGAAAUCUGUGCUAUUUGUUGGGAACAAUUUGAUAAAGCUCGUUGCUUACCAUGUGGUCAUUUAUUUCAUCAGAACUGUCUUCGCAGUUGGUUGGAACAAGAUGCAUCAUGUCCAAUAUGUCGAUUAUCAUUGCAGGAAGACACAAAUGCGGUAGCUUCACGAACAGGCUCGAUUAAUCAUGAUUUACCGAUCACGACUGAUCAGCGUCGAGGACGCAAUCAUCUGUUUCGUUUUGAUGGUCAUCGAUAUUCGUCAUGGUUGCCAAGUUUUUCAAUUAUGAUCAAUCACAACUUCCCAUUUCGGUUUGGUCGCGCCCGUUUGACUGGCGUUCAGCUGACAAUUAUUCUUGCCAAUCUACAACAAACGCAAUCAAUGGAUGCAACUAUUGAUAAUAUCGUCGAACAACGUAUUCAGUUCGAACCACAGCAAGAACAAGAAGAUGACGAUGAAGAAAGUGAAGAUGAAAAUGAGCCAACGUCGGAACUCGAUGUCUCAUCUGGAAUUCCUUUUGAAACUACAGAAUCAACUUAUCGUAAUCUAUUAUUAAAUUCAUUGGAGACAACCGAAGACAAUGCGGAUAAUUUUGUAUGGCCAUUAGAUCCUAGUUUACCAUUUGAACAUCGCAAGCAACUGCUGAUCUCACAUAUGCGACGACAAUAUCUUGAACGUGAUCGUCGUCUUCAAUUAUCAUCAAACAAAUGUGAUCAAUAG